GGGAUUUCACCUUUUUAUAUAUGCUAAUGGUAAACUUUCUAAAAUAAAGCACAUCCUUUUAAAAGUUUUUCUCUCCCUAUGAUUAGGGUUUUUCUCUCCCCGACGGUUGGAGUGUUUUUCCGGAUCUAAUUUUCGAUUCUCAUCCAAAUACUUGUUCUCGCAAUUCGAAUUCGUCAUCAGACAUGGAGGAUCAGAGUGUGCAUAGUCUGGAUGCUGCGAUUACCAAUUUGGCAAUAUCGGAGGAAGAGGAAGGUCUCUCUUUUGCCCUAGAAGGUGGUCUACAAAUUCCGGUGGACGAUUUCCGCACAUGGACAGUGGUAGGGCGCUUUCUCACUAAUAAACCAAUCAAAUUUGACAUCAUGCAACAAGUUCUUGCUUCGGUUUGGAGGCCUGCUAUGGGGGUGCGAUUCAGGCAGGGCGAGGGUGGAUUAUUUUGGUUUUACUUCUACCAUGAGAAAGAUGCAAAACGCAUCAUUGAGGAGGGGCCAUGGUCAUUUGAGAACAAUAUGCUGCUUUGCCGACUUGUGGAACCUGGGGAGACGAUUAAGGCGGCAGAUCUUUAUUUGCUGGAGCUAUGGGUUCAGGUGCAUGAUCUUCCUCCUGGGUAUACGUCUCCGACAGUCCUUGAGGCGCGAAGGAUGAAGUUAACCAAGAGAGAUGGCUCUAUAGUGUGGGUCCUUUUCAAAUAUGAGAGGAUUACUGUAUUUUGUUAUUAUUGUGGUAUCCUUGGUCAUCUGUCGAAGCACUGUCGGAUGGCGCUCCUUUCUUCAUUGGAGCCAGAGAAUUAUCCAUAUGAUGAGUCACUUAAGGCAGGAGGUAGGAAGCCACUGUUAACUAUUGGAGAGCCAUGGAUUAGACACGUAGAACCGAUUGAAGUGAGACGGCUCGUUGAUGCACGAUCAGAUGGGGAAGGAUCCAAGCAGGAUGAAGACUUAGCAUUUGCCUUGGUGACUAAACGCAAAAGAGGCCCGCCAGGAGCAAUGAGUCUUAUCAGUUGGAACUGCCGUGGGUUGGGCAACCGACGGACAGUUCAAGAAGUGGCGGAGCUUGCAUCCGUCAAAAAGCCCGAGUUUAUUUUUCUUAUGGAAACGAAAUGUGCGAGGAGUAAGGCAGAAGAGUUGCGGUUGAAGCUGGGGUUUGAGGGCCUUUUUUAUGUGGAUAGUGUGGGUUUGAGUGGUGGGCUUGCACUGCUUUGGAAGGAAAAGAAUUCUGCAAAUUUGAUUAGUUAUUCCCGAUUUCACGUGGACAUUGCUGUUUCUUUAAGGAACCUGCCAGUGUGGAGACUUACUGGUUUUUAUGGGAACCCCCGGAGGGAUGGGAGACAGGCAUCAUGGGAUCUGCUACAGUCCCUUAAGCAUAAGUCGCAAUUGCCAUGGGUUGUUGUGGGUGAUUUUAAUGAUUUGUGUGCUACAAGAGAAAAGAAAGGAGGCAAUCCUCAUCCUCACGCGCUCAUUUCAGGCUUUAACACAAUUCUCUCUGAUUGUGGCUUAUUUGAUUUGGGCAUGAGGGGUUACCCCUUCACAUGGGAGAGGGGCAGGGGCUCUCCUAACUGGAUAGAGGAACGUCUUGACAGAGCAGUGGCCUCGGGCUCUUGGAAGGAGUUGUUUGACAGAGCUUGUGUUUUCAACCAACACAUGCAUCGUUCAGACCAUUCGACUUUGUUUCUGAGCCUUGCAGGGCCGACACUUCAUAGUCGUGAGCGUCGUUUCCGAUUUGAAAAUGCAUGGCUUAAGGAUGAGGGCUUUAAGGAGGUUCUUAUAUCUGCAUGGGGGGAAUCUAGUGAGAAGCCUUUUUCUGAGAGACUGGAUUUCUGUGGUCGAAGGUUUCUUCAGUGGGGAGGCGAUAAAUUUCAGAAAUUUGGCAAGCGAACUAAAGAGUUGCGUGACUUAAUCCAGAAGGUACGUGGGCGUCGGGAUGAAGAGGGACGUCGUUUGCUUAGUAAAGCAGAUGCAGAGCUCUCCACGUUGCUUGAUCAGGAAGAUGUGUACUGGCGACAACGGGCGAAGCAGCACUGACUUUAUGCGGCAGACAGAAACACUCGGUUUUUCCAUCAAUAUGCCUCUUAUCGCAGGAAGAAAAAUCACAUUCAUGG